UUGAUCCGCGAUACAAAUACUGUUAUGACUUGGGCUCAGUUCAAGGAGUCCUUCUUUGAAAAGUACUUCCCUCAGUGUGUCAGGGAUAGAAAAGUGACUGAAUUUGAACAGCUGAAGCAGGGCACAAUGACUGUUGCGGAAUAUGAGACGAAAUUUACUGAACUUGCCCGUUAUGCACCGCACAUGGUGGAUACUGAAUAUAAGAAGGCCAGAAAAUUUGAAGGUGGCCUUAAUGUGGCAAUACUUGACCGGAUAAAUGUUUUGAAACUACCGACUUUUGUGGGUGUUCUCGACCGGGCAUUGAUGGCCGAGUCGAACAUUGCAGCAGUGAAACAAUCUGAGACACCAACAACUGAAUGGCAUGGUAAAAGGCAGGGUUUCAAAUUUAAGAAAGGCAAGCACAACCCAGCCAACAAGAAACAGAAUACGGGGUCGACAACUAGCCCCAGCCAAGGGAGUGGGUUCAUACCACCCUGUCCUGAGUGUGGCAAGAGGCACAAGGGGGUCUGCUACAGAAUAUCUGGAGCCUGUUACAGGUGUGGCAAGGUGGGCCACAUGGUUAAAGACUGCCCCUCUGCUCCACAAGCCAGUAGUAAAGCUGCACCAAGCGCAGCAGCAUCAACUGUGGCACCAAAGCCUAAUUAG